AAAAGGGUAUGUCAGAGAAUAAAAACCAUUAGUUAUUUUUGUUGUAUUCAGUCAUUGAGUGCAACAUAGGUAAAUUUAUGAAGUCAAUGGCAGGGAAAACUAUAGUGAUAAUAAUUAUUAAUUAACAAUAGUCUAAAAGUAUAAUUUUGUACUGUGAAUAUAUCACUGUGGAGGGAUAGUGUUCGUUUUUAAUUUAGAUCAAACAAUCGUUGCUUAAUACAACCAGUCAUUGUGUUUUAACUGUAAAAUGAUUGAAAUAAUUGUGUACCUGAGUGUUGUUAUUCUUGCGGUGUUGUGGUGUAACUUCAAAUGGAAUAACAGACAUUUUGAAAAAUUAUAUGUUAAAAUGCCGGGACCUCCGUCAUACCCAAUCGUUGGAAUAGGACUUCAAUUUAUUGGAUCACAAGAACAGGUCAUGAGCAAAAUCUUUGAGCUUUUGAAACAAUACAAUAAUCCAGGGCCAUUUAGUUUUUGGUUAGGACAAUAUUUUGCAGUUGCCAUCACUAAACCAGAAGACGUACAAAUUGUCUUAAAUAGUUCAAAGGCACUUAAAAAAGGACGAAUGUAUGACUUUUUCAAGACCCUUGCGGGUGAUGGUUUGUUAAAUGCACCAGUUGAUAAAUGGCGGAAACAUCGUCGCAUGAUCACGCCUGCAUUUAAUGCAAAUCUUUUGGAACAGUUUUUCCCCGUGUUUAACGAAAAAAAUAAAAUUUUUAUCAGAAAUAUUGCAAAGGAAUUAAAUAAAACACAACCGUUCGAUCUCUGGGACUAUAUUGAGCCAAUUGCUCUUGAUACUAUUUCUCAAACUACGAUGGGAUACAAUCUUGACACUCAAUCAAACAAUAAAGAGUGUGAAUUCGGCGAAGCAAUUGUACGAGCAACAGAUUUGCUCGCGAAGCGCAUUUACAAACCAUGGUUAUAUCCGGAAAUCGUGUUUUCAAUGUAUUUGAAGCUCACUGGACAGCAAAAAGUCUUCGAAACAGUAAAAAAAUUUCCAUUACAGGUGAUCAAGGAAAAGAAAGUUGAAUUCGACCAGAGAAGAGAAGCUAUUAAUGCUAAAAAAAACGUUAAAGACAAUGACGAUGAAAUUCAAUCAAAACUAUUUUUGGACAUAUUGUUCAAACUGAACAUUGAAGGUGGAAACUUUUCAGAUAAAGAUAUUAGAGAUGAGGUUUUAACAAUGUUGGCUGCGGGCAGUGAUACCAGUGCUAUAACAAUCAGUUUUUGUCUCUUUAUGUUAGCCAUACAUCAAGAUAACCAAAAAAAUGUAUAGUGUAUACGAUGAAAUUUACGAAAUAUUUGGCAAAAGUGAUCAAGAAAUAUCCAUUGAAGACACUGUUAGACUUGUGUACUUAGAAAAAGUGAUAAA